AAAACCCAAAAACAAGAUGAUACUUGGGAUAAUGUUUGUGAAAAAGUUGAGUCUUGGUCUACAAAGUCGACUAACAAUGAAGAAAAAUCUUAUGAAAUUCCCACACUAUCAGUCAAUUUUGAAAGCCAAUUCUCUGUUCUUAAAUUGAAAUUUUUUACAAGAUACGAAGAAUAUAUUGAUGAUAGGAAUGAUGAAGAAUACCCAUAUCUUAAUAUCCGAACAGAGAGAAGUGUAGUCUCUUUCGCAGAGAUGAAUAUGAUGUGA